CCAAUAUAAUCUCAACAAUUAAGGUUGAUUCUAAAUUUUACGAAACAAUUAAAGAAGAUUAUAUAAAAGAUGAACAUUUGGCACAAAUAAUAAGGGCAUUAACAGAUAAAAAUGAUGCUGAUGCUAAGCAUUUGAAACAUCAAAUACGAUAG